CUGGCUCCAAAUGGCGAUGAUGACGUUGUGACGACAACAACAACGAAAGAAGCGGAACCGCAAGUAAAAGCCGCAAGUGGGAGGCGCUAGGAAGAGCAAACAAAUCAACAAACCGAUUGUCAUACGUUCUACAGUGGUGCAAACAUCAUUUCAAAUAUCAAAAUAUAUUCUUACAAAAUGCUGCCCGAAUCACAAAUCACUCUGAUAGACAUGAACGACGAUUGUUUGGAUGCCAUAUUCAAAUACUUAACACUGAAAGAACUGAUGAGUGUAUAUGGCGAAACGCAUGUACUUAUUGAUGAGGCUGUAAAGCGUCAGUUUCAUAGGUUUCGGCACUUUGAAUGCACCAUGCGUGAACCACCGAAAUAUGGCGAGCACAAAUUACAGCUGCUUGGACGCUACUUACACAGCAUUUUCAUAAAUGUGGGAUACUCUAUACAAGCCAGGGAUGCUCUGGCCAUAUUAAAGCCACUCUGCAGAGGUGCAAAGGAAAGUGGGCGUCUACGCGCACUAAAAUUACAACAUGUUACCUGGACUUCCGAAUACGUAGAUGUAAUCUUAUUAGUGGCUAAUUCAUUGCGUCUGCUUGACGUGAGCAGAUGUGCAUUUUCUGUUACACAGCUAAUGAGCGUUUUAAAUUCGGCUCCAAAGUUACAUACUCUAAAGAUGGUUAGCAUAUUAAAGACUACAGACGAAGAAUUUUCGGAAGAAGAAUUGUUGCAACAAGUGCGCUGCCUUAUAGUAAUUAACCAGCCCUUACUGCCGCCCUCACAUCCACCAAGCAUUCUCUCCCAGUUGGCCGAAAAGCAUAAAGUUAGCAUAAUUUUCUAUACAUUUCCACACUGCGACUCUUUUACAACGUAUGGACCUUCUCUAAUUAUGCGUCCGAUGGCCAUGUGGCACUAUGAGUAUUUCAAAGAUGAAUUAUAA